UUGCCAUUUGUUUUGGUUAAAACGUUUAAAACCAUUUAAAUGAAGCAUGCAGCAAUUAUGUGUGGAAAACAACAACAAUCAAUCAGAAAUCAAAGCUGUGAAGCGCACAGCAACCGAUGAGCAUGAUGCCGACUCGCUGGAAGCGAAGAGACUGAAGCCCAGCAAAGAUGACACAAUUGGCGCCCAAGAGAGUUCCACGCUACAGAAUUCAAUACAGGCACACCCUAGCCCCAAAAAGCGUUUGCAAAUAGGUAAUAAAAGUGCUAACGAUAAAGGUAAGCAUAAUAAAGGGGAGUAUUUUAAAUUUGGUAACUACAAGCACUACUAUGGCAAGCGCUUGCAAGAUACGGAUUUUCACGAUAUAAGACUGGAUGUGCUGGCUGGACAUGCAGAGCUGUUUCGCGGCAAGCAAAUACUUGAUAUUGGCUGCAAUUCGGGUUUGCUGUCUAUUGCAAUUGCUCGCCAGUUUGAACCGAAAAGUCUCAUUGGUUUGGACAUAGACCGCAGCUUAACAAAUGAUGCGCAGACAGCCAUAACCACAUUAAAGCGCGCCAGCAAUGUUGAACCCGCAGAUCCAACUAAGUUUCCAUUUAAUGUCAAGUUCGUACAUGGAAAUUAUGUGCUAGACGAUGAUGUAUUGCUUGAGAUUGAGCGCCCUCAGUUCGAUGUGGUAUUGUGUCUAUCGGUUACCAAAUGGAUACACCUCAAUUUCAGUGAUGCGGGCCUUAAGCAGGCAUUUCGUCGAAUGUACCUGCAGCUACGCAUUGGCGGUAAGCUGAUACUAGAGCCACAAGCUUUCGAUACGUACAAGCGGCGGAAGAAGCUCUCGGAAAAUAUACGUGAAAAUUACGCCGCUAUCAACUUUAAGCCCGAAGAUUUUACGAAUUAUUUGCUCAGCCCAGAGGUUGGCUUCGCCAGCAUGGAACUAAUGGGUGUGCCUGAGCAUUGCAAAGCCGGGUUUAAACGCCCUAUACAAAUAUUUAGCAAAAACUAGUUUUCUUAGAGAACAAAUUUAAUCACAAUAUAAAUAAUAAGUUUGUUUUCAAACGCUA